GACCUUCGAAUCAAUUCGUCAUGAACCCCCGCGCGCAGCGUUGGCCCUCGCGGCUCGUCUCGUCCGCCGCGCACACUGACGGAAGCGAGCACGCGUGAAUCUCCAGUAUUGUGACAAGUGAGAAAAGGGACUUGGAAACGAACGAGGAGCAGGGGCAUGCGACUGCGUGCGUCGAGGUCGACGAUCGGCCGUCGAUAACCGGCUGAAAGUGCAGCGUCGAUCGCUAGUGAAGAAAGUCAAAGAUCCUUGAGGCCGUCGAGAGAGCGCGUGGCAGGCGAGUCUGUGUGCGCCGCUUACGACACGCACGAGCGACGGCCGCGCUGGUGAGAGUGCGCGGCAAGAAAAAGAAGAAAAAAGCCAGCCCCUUAUCGCUGAGGAAACAAACUAUUAGCGUAAGAUAAUAAGAGCGGAGAUAUAGAGCUUGGAUGACAGACGCAUUAGAUGCUCUUCAGUGAGGGAAAAUGAGAUGUCGGAAGAGUCGGCACGCAGAAGCAGCGCGUCCUCGGGUUCAUUUUUGCCAGCAGUCCGAGCGUCAGAGGUCCCCGCGCGCCAUUUGAUCCCGCACUGAACGAGGUGACGCCGAGCAGAGGCCAAUUAGAUGUUGAGCAUGGAAAUGGAUCCGAUGAUGAUGUCGAACGCGUCGUGCGACGGCUGCGUCGACAGCGACCACGACUCCGACGGCAGUAGCAUGAUCGUCGACCCGGUGAGCCUGGACAAGAACGAGCUCUCGCCCCAGCCGUCCUCCAGCCCGACGAUGCCCUGCAUGUCCGGCAGCGGCAGCAGCUCCUCUGGAGGCGGGGCCUCGCGCAACCGGAGCCGCAACUACAAGAAGACCUAUUCGAUGAUGUCGGCGACGCAGAAGGCCAACGGCCAGGGCGCCAACUACUCCUCGGACAAGCUCAGCUCGUCGCUCAUCAAGCCGCCCUACUCCUACAUCGCCCUCAUCACGAUGGCCAUCCUCCAAUCGCCCCAGAAGAAGCUCACCCUCAGCGGCAUCUGCGAGUUCAUCAUGUCGAGGUUUCCCUACUACCACGACAAGUUCCCCGCCUGGCAGAACUCCAUCCGGCACAACCUCUCGCUCAACGACUGCUUCAUCAAGAUCCCGCGCGAGCCAGGCAACCCGGGUAAGGGCAACUACUGGACCCUCGACCCCCUCGCCGAGGACAUGUUCGACAACGGGAGCUUCCUGCGCCGCAGGAAACGCUACAAGAGGCCGCCCCCGCACUACGUCUUGCGCGACCGCGCCAUCAUGGCGACCUUCGCGAUCUGCGGCGCCGGCGGCGAGCGGGGACCCUGCCACCCCGGCGGCGGGGGCGGACACCCCGGUGCCCACCCGCUGCCCUACCCCGGCGCUUACCUCGCGCCGCCCGCCGGGCUGCCGCUGCUGGACUUUCCCUCCUCGGCCCUCGAGGCGCUCAAGCUCCGGGGCUUCCUCGAGCCGCCGCCGCCGCUCUACAAGCCGGUGCCCAUCAGCGCUCCGCCCGCCAGACACCAGAUCAGCGGCAACCCGCCGCAGGCCAGGACGAGCCUCGGCCUCGCGCCCACCAGCAGCGGCUCCGCCGUCGAGAAGAAGAGGAGCUUCAGCAUCGACGCGCUCAUCGGCAAGCAGGUGAACAGCGCCGGCGAGCAGGGCCUGAUGCAGGCCAGCGGCCUCCUUGACCUCAGCCCGCCGGAGCACAGGGAGAUCAGGAGCCAAGCCUCGGCCUUCUCGCCGCUCGUGUAAGCGCAGCUGAUCUGUCGAUAACGCCCUCGGACGUGUCUCUCAUGGUAUUAUGCACACAAGCACAGGCCAAAGAUUGUAUUUAUUUAUAUUUUAAGUUCUCUCGCGGUUUCGUUCGCGGACUCUUGCCAUUAUGCUAUACAUACUAUACAUACUAUGAAAGAGAACCUCGAUAAAGUGCAAUAAUUGUCGCGGAUGAUCGAUGCAUACGUAUAUAAUACUUAAGAUAAUAGAACUCUCCCUGGCUGAGUUUUGUAAAUUGUAUUUUUUUAGAUAGAGUGUAAUUAACGUUCGUUGAAUUCAUUUAUGCGUAUAACCACUUCGCGCGCGCGCAUUGUUCUCAUCCGUAUAAUUUUUGUGAAUGGAAAGCCGGAGACGUGCGGCUUGGGACGUCCCGCGUUGUUGCUGCGCAAAGUUUCGGGAAACUUUGCUCGGUUUACCAUGCCUCGUGACGAGUUUCUAGUUGAAUACCGUGAUGCUAUUACAGUACUUGUAUGUGACAAACGGUUCACGUCAACAUCAGAUGUGUACAAUAGGUUCGAAAUGGCGAUGCUCUAUGACACGUAUUUCACUUAUUAACACCGUUUCCGUGAUUUUUAAUUUUUUUUGCCUUGCAGAAAGAGCUCAGCAGCAGAGUCGGUCCACGUAAGUUUUAAGAUCUUGCGAAUCGUCGUAUAUAAGGUUGUCCGCCGAUUACCCUAUUUGUACACGUCGUAGUUUAAUAAUAGCAUUGUAAAUACACACACAGUCCUUGAUUCGAAGUGUACCGAGCACUUCACAUUUCUGGCAGCUUUUUUUAUUGGAUAGUAAGAGGGUAGCGUGCGCAUUCGCCGAAGCGCAUGCAACCGGUCGAAAUGAACGUAUAGUGUACAUAUGGUGAUGUAGAAUUAGAUGUAUACGAAGUAAAGAUAAACAUGCGCAGCCACAGAGCUGACUCCGAGCACAGAUUACUGUUCAAUGCGAUAGCGAUUAGAUUUUUCCAUUUCGUUUUUCCAUCGUCGUUCAUACCUAUAUACAUAGUUAUUGUUUAACAUUCAAGGUAUGCUUGAAGUAUUAUGGCUGCAUAUCCUGUAAUUCUUUUAGCUUCGGAUUGAUUUAGCUGUAGAAUCACGGUGAACGUACAAAUAAAGUCUUGAUAUCCGUGUACAUUGAUUUGACUCUCGCAGAUAAAUAGUUACCACACUUCUUGGCGCGCAUCUUGAAAGUCUCUCGAGGAAUUUCGACCGGCGACGAUGUUGACCGAGAAUAUUUUGAGGCCGAAAUGCGCGAGGAUGAGAAAAAAAAUUGUGUAAAAAUGAUGAUUGUGCAUUAAUGUGUAUAUGGUAAGCUGUCUAGAGAUCGACGUUUUACGAUUAUAUAUAGCCAUUUAAGAUUGCGACGUAUAAAAUAGAUCGACAGGUGUAUAAGUGAUAAGACGUUCGAGAAGUGUUGCAAGGUGUAUCAAAGAGACACUGACAAUACCAAUAAUAGAUAACGUACAUCCGCAGUUAAAGCAACGAAAGUCACACCGCAAGUCUGAGCUUUUGUUACGCGUUAGCUUCGACUUCCUUAUUGGUCGAUAUGCCACCUACACACAUUGUAUAAAAAAGUGCGUUUGCGAGGAGCGACGAAUUUCGGCGCAACGUUUGCGCGAAUGAUUUGCUGUUGCGUCGCACGUAUUAAUUUCGAGCUCCAGCACGCAGCCAUCGAGCGAAUCGAAUGCAUAGUAUUAAUUUGUACCUCUCGCGGUACACGAAACUCCUCAUUCCUGUAGCUGGUAAAAUAUGAAUGUGUCAAAACGAUAGAUUUAUAAUAUAUAUUAUAAAUAAAUAAAUAUAUGAUAAUAAAGUAUACUUGAGUAUAUCAACUGCA